UUGCUCCUUUACUUCCCUUUCUCUGUUCUCUCUUUCAAUGCUUCCCUUCAUGUUUAUGUCUUUAUUUCUUCUUGCCUUUUAGCUAUUUUAGCGGGAGUUUGGAAGAGUGGAAGAGAGAGAUGAACUUUAGGAAAAAAAAGAGAAACUUGAUGUUGCUUGGAAGUUCAUGACUUUCCCAAGCAUUUUCAUGCUUUUGAUUUGUAUGGUUUUGCAGAUGGCGAACAAUGAAUGUGAAGGGUCUACCACGAGCAAGCAAAGAAUAAAUUUUGUGAACAUGAAGGAGGUGAUUGACAGCCAGAGACAGAAAAUUAUCGAUAUGGAGGAUACAAAUGUUCUGAAAGCUGACUGUAAGAGAGAUCUCAAGGAAAGCUUAAAAAUGGCUUUGAAAAUGGUCAAGAGGGAAACUUUAAUGGAUAAGGAAUGUCAGAAAGAAUUAGAACAGAUGAAAGAUAUGAACUCUAACAUGAGUGGUGAACUGAAACGUAUGAAGAAAGAUAAUGAAAUGAUGGCAAAGGAAUUGGCAGAGAGUAAGGCGUUGAAUGAUAAGCUGCAGGAGAAACUUACUGAGGAUAAUAGGAGGAUGACGAUGAAACUUGUUGAGGAGAAUUCGCGGAUCAUAAGGAAACUUACUGAGGAAAAUGACCGGAUCAUGGGGAAACGAAAAAAAAGCGAAACCCUAGAUGAGGAUGAAUAUAAAGAAUUGAAAGCAAAAGUGGCUGAGUUGGAAGAGGAACUAGUAAACUCCAAGGAUCUGAAUCAAGCUCUAAUCAUCAAAGAGCGUGAGAUUAGUGAUGAGCUUGAGAAAGCUCGCAAGAAAUUAAUGGUGGAAAUAACGGAGAUAUCAUGUCUUUAUGACAAUAUUUGUGUGAAAAGAGUGGGUGAGAUAGACACUGAGCCUUUCAUUAGAACUUUCAGAGCAAAGAACAAUAUGAGUAAAGAAGAAGCAGAGCAUACAGCUUUGAAAAUGUGUUCGUUAUGGCAGAAGAAUGUGGAGGACCCUCAUUGGUAUCCAUUCCAAAUAAUAACAAUUGAGGGAAAAUCAAAGGAAGUUUUGGAUGAAGAAGAUGGAAGGCUAAAAAGAUUGAAAGUGGAAUUGGGAUUUAGAGCAUAUAAAGCAGUGGUGGCAGCUCUGAUGGAAAUGAAUGAAUACAAUUCGAGUGGGAGGUUCAUUGUAAGAGAAAUAUGGAACAAAGAAAAAGGAAGGAGAGCUACGUUGAAAGAAGGAAUUGAAUUCAUGAUAAAUCAAAUAAAAUCAAAAAGAAGGAAAACACAAGAAAUGGUGGAUGAUGAAGCAGAUGAGAAUGGUGAUGAUGAUGAUCCACCUAUAAGAAAAAAUGAAUGUUGACAUGUUUGGAGUUGUCAUAAAGACUCUAAAGUUUGGUAACACAGGUUUGAUAACCAUGUGUGUGUUUAUAUUGAUGUUUAAAUGGAGAAAUAGGUUGGUUUGUAGCAGAAUUGGUAACUUUUUGUUAGGUCAGAAGCUAGCCUAUUUAACUAUGUAAAUCUUGUCUAUGUUCUCACCUCUAGUCACUCCUGUGUAUUUGGUUAUAAGUUGUUCAUGCUUAUGUGCAUUAUCUUGGUUUUA